AUGACAACCCUCACAACUAUGGCUUCGCCGGCCCGCUUGCCAUUUGCUUCCCUGGGUGGUGCUAGACUUAGGAAUAUGACCAACAUCAAGAACAAGCAGAAUGCUCUUGUUCCUACCGCUGCGUCUGCCCUGAAGCGACAUGCUCCAGCCGAGUUUGACGACGUCGACUCGGAGAACAUCGACCCUUUCACCUUCUCAUCGCCAUCCAAGAAAGGUCGAGCUUUCGACUUUGACUUGACCAAGUCCAACGACACCCCACUCUUUGCUCCCGCACCAGUCCAGCCCGCUCAAUAUGUCGAGCGUGCGCAAGCAGUUGGCCAGAAGCGAAAGGCAGAAGAUACUGUAACCCCUGCUGCUGGAAUCAAGCGCCGUGCCGAGCCAUCUUCAGCCCCUGCUCCUGCCGGCCGCUCCCCAAAGAACAAGCGUAUUGGAAUACUAUCCCGUCGUCGCAUGACGACCAGCCCUUUCACUCGUGUCAAUCCUCCAUCUUCCUCUACCACCGAGUCCACCAAUGGCCUGCCUUUCUCUAUCGACGCUGCCCUCGCCGGCACGGUCCCUAAAUACAAGUCCAAGUCCACACAUGGGAAGGGAUGGCAGUUCGAUAUCCAUGAAGACACUCCAGAUGAUGAGAUGGCCAAUCUGAUGGAGCACUCCACUUGCACUCUUGAGAUCUCCGACGAUGAGGGCAGCUCGUCUAAAGGCGACAAAGACAACAAAGAAAACAUUCCACCCAUCGAUGGCCCUGCUGCCGUGACCUCAGCUACACAAGUCACCGCCACUAGGAGGGACAUGAUGACCGAUGAGACGCGCGAACCACUGGGAGACCUCGAGGCCAAAGACUUUUACGCCGAGGGCUGUGAUGCAUCUUCUUGCAUCAUUAUCGCUGCUGAGAACUCGUCUGAGCGGGUCCUGGACAAGCUGUCGACGACCAUCAAUACUCAGGAGCCAUCCUCAUCGCUCCGUUCUGAUGCUGGUGCGGCAACUGAAGCUCAAUCUGGAUGGGAAGAUGUCAUCGCUCGUUUUGCAGCCAAGACUAGCACGUCUGCCGCCGACGCCGACUUUGGCAUUGAAAAAGAGGGCGCGAAGGAGGCCACCGAGAUCCAGAUCUGGGAGAGUGAGAGCGCGAAGGGUGAUGAUGACGCGGAUGCUCAGGGACCCGAGACUGAUGGUGUCAAGCCUCAGUCGCUGUUGGCCUGA